AUGUUACAAGCCACUAUGAUAAAGCACGUCAUCCGAACCGAGUCGAGACGACGCCAGUCUCUCAACGCCUUUGUGAAGCUGAAGAAGAACUGUUCUUGGGACAGUAAAGGAGUUGGUGGAAUUGUUAUCCUCAUCAACACGAGUCUGGCGAAGAGCAUCGACUCUCAAACAACUUACGACCAGAAAAAAACGUUCCUGGAUGAGAAGAUGUGGUUCAGCGGCAGCUGUGACAAUACUCGUCGCUUGCGCUCCAACAUCAAGCUACGAAGAAGUCAAAACUUUCCAUACACUGUGGUCAAAGUGGAAAAGAAGAUCACACCAUCUUCAGCAAGAGAAGUUACAGGACGAGAAAUGGCUGCCAUCGGUGAACAAAGUGAAGCUACCAUCGAACAACAAUCUGAAGAUGCUAAAAACACCGAAGAAGAAGCCAUGGGUAAUACCAGUAACAACGAAACUUCUAAUUGUUCUAUGCAAAGUGUGGAGGGAUUCUCUACAAGAUAUUUGAACGAGAAAUGGAUUGGUCGUUAUGAUGACACUGGUCAAUAUAUGGAAUAUCACAACAAUCAAUGGCGUCCUCUUCCUGAGGACGAUCUUGUGUUCGUACAACAACUUUGGUUAGAACAGGAAGCGGCGGAAACACAGGUUGUGAACGGGGUCAAAAUGAAAUGGAACGCAACAGCACAAGAAUGGCAGAGAGCUGAUCAAGAAGUCGACGAAGAUUUCAUUGCUAGCUACCAAGCCAACUACGGUGUCCAGUACGACUAUAGUAAAAUGGAUGAGGAGAGAAAGGCCAAAGAAGCUGAAAAACUGAAAAAUAAUCCAGCUGAGAAAGAGGAGAAGAAAAAGGGAAAGGUUCCAUCGGAACCUCAAGGUUGGGUGGAUAUGGAGGAGAAAGUGCAUGCCGUGUAUGUAAAUAAUCUCCCUUUGGACAUAACCCUUGAUGAAUUCAAGGAGUUCAUGUCGAAAUGUGGAGUCAUCCAAGCAGAUGCACGAACUAAUAAACCUAAACUGAAGUUGUAUGUUGAUGAAAAUGGUGAUCUAAAAGGCGAUGGAAGAUGCGUCUAUAUAAAGAAGGAGUCAGUUGAUUUGGCGCUUUCUAUCCUGGACGGAUUUCACCUACGGGGCAAGGAAGUACAUGUAGAGAAAGCUAGGUUCGAGAUGAAGGGAGAGUUUGAUCCAACCAAGAAAAGGAAAAAGCUCACGAAUGCACAGAAGAAGAAAUUUAUGGAAAACCAGAACAGGAUUUUUGAAUGGAAACCGGAGAAACCUCGUAACUAUCGACCCAUUUCUGAUUGUACUGUGGUUAUCAAAAAUUUAUUCACGUUGCAGAUGAUGGAGAAAAAUGCUGCAUUAAUGAUGGACUUAAAAGAAGAGGUUCAGCAAAGCUGUUCAAAAUAUGGUGCCGUCAAGAAAGUCAUUGUUUAUGACAACAAUCCUGAGGGUGUAGUGACGGUGACGUUUGAAACUACUGAUGAAUCCGAUAUGGCUGUGAAGAUGUUGAAUGGGAGGAUUGUAGACGGGAGACGGUUGGAAGUGUGUCUCUGGGAUGGAAAAACGAAAUAUAAAGUCCAAGAGACAGAGGAGGAACGUAAGAGACGAUUAGCGGCUUGGGAGAAUUACAUUAAAGGAGAUAGUGAUGACGAAGAUGAAAGAAAAAAUGGUCCAAGUGAACAAGAUUCUUCACCAAAAUCAUCAUCUGCAGAAGGGAAUUCAGAGGACAACUCUGAGAGAUGUGAUCAAGGAACUACACCGGAAAAAAGGCCGAAGCUUACUGACGAAGGCGAGCAGUAA